ACCAGUGUCCCUGACCUCAAUACGACUAACAUGAGCAGCUUCACCAGUGUCCCUGACCUCAAUACGACUAACAUGAGCAGCUUCACCAGUGUCCCUGACCAAGAUGAGGAAGACUUCACAACGAUGGCUCCGCCGCUGCCAGUUGAAGGAGAAUGUGUGUGCUCACCAAUGCUGCUACACACUGACCUAGAGCCUGAUGAGGAUUAUAUCGAAGACUCCUGUGUGGCCAUGCUAAGCUUCGGGCCUUGGGUUGAAAAAAGCUGCUCAGAUCUUCUGACUUUUAUUUGUUAUGAAGAUCGUUUCUUCGGCCAUGUCAACGUGACCAACGUGACGUGCGGCGGUGCCUCUCUCUCAUGGCUGCCGGCACCUGAUGGCAUCAGCCAUUACCGUGUAGAGGUCACAGGUGACAAACAAAUGACGGAAAUCCAGACUAAUUUGACCACCGACCUGUUCAACCUGACAGCAGGCACCCUCUACUCCGUCCAGGUGAUCCCUGUAAAAUGUGAGCGAGACCUCAACCCGCAGGAGGUCUCUUUCUACACCGUACCUAACAAAGUAAGAAACCUCACUCUAACCAACGUGAAAGAAAAAUCUGUGUUUCUGAUGUGGAACAAACCAGCGGGGAACUCGGAUUUCUAUCUUAUUGUGGUCGAUGACGAUAAGAAUAACAGAAGUAACACAGAGGAGGGCACAGAAUUUGACGGUUUGAUGCCUGGGAGCCUUUACACAUUCACUGUCCACACAGGAGUCAGGGACAAGAUCACACUCAGUGAAGGAUCCAGCAUCUCGACAUAUACAAAGCCUGGCAAAGUUGCCAACCUGAGCGUGACUGAGAAUACCAACAUCUCCCUGCUGCUCAGCUGGAUGCCACCAGAGGGACACAGCACAUCUUUCUUCGUGCAGGCUGUGGAUGACAGAAAUGACCAAUUGUUUAAUCGAGAAAUCAACUACAAUUCAACUCAAAUGCAGCAGCAAUUGAAAGUAACAGGUCUGCCGAUGGGCUCCAGGAUCACGCUCAGUGUGACGGCACUGGUCAAUGGAACUCUGAAGGGAGACAAAGUGACCAUCGUCAGCUACACCGCUCCUGGACCGAUUUCAAACCUGAGCUUACAAACAACACAUGACUCCCUCUCUGCCACCUGGACCCCCUCUCCUGGAAAUUGCUCAAACUUUAUUGUCAUUCUCCAGCUGGAUGGUGAAAAUGAUACAUUAAUAAAGAGACUGACUGAACCUGCGGUGGAGGUUUCCUCUCUCAAGACAGCAGCCAAAUACACAGUGCUUGUCUCCUGUGUUAGUGGACAUCUCCAAAGUCCGCAAGUACAACGCUCCAAAUUCACCCUGCCGAGUCCACCAACUGACGCCAAAGGUGUUUCCGCCAACAAAUCCCAUAUCACUUUCCAGUGGAAGGCGCCUGAAAGUGCAGUGAGAGGAACCCGGUACGCUGUUCGCAUCAGCUCCAGCUUCUGGGGCCACAGCUGGUCUGGGCCGUUGAGUGACAAAACCACAUACACGUUUGGCAACUUGAAAUCAGGGACCAACUACACGUUUGAAGUGCGAACAGUGACUGAUGAUGCUCAAAGUCCCCCAUUAACCACUUCACAUUUUACAGAAUCAGAGGAAAUUGAAAUCGGCCUGUCGAUGAUGUGCUCAUCCACCGAACCUCUCCUCUGUGCAAACGCCACCACAGAGGAAAGUAUAAUUCUCCAGCUGGAAGCACAUUUCAGCCAGUUCUUGGGAAAUGCCAUUUCCUGGAAUCUCAAGAAGCAGGAGCGAGAAGACACUGCAGAAUAAUUUUUAGUUAACAUAUUUUACAUUUUUGAAUUUUUUUGUAGUCAAAAUGUUAGUAAGAUCUUUUCUGUUAUAUUGCUGUUCAAAAAAUGUGUGUGUUACAAAAACCAAGACAAAAUU